AGAAAGCGGAGAAAUGAAAGCCCCAUAUGAAAAUCUCAUUUGGCGCAUCGCCAGCCAUCCAUUUUCAUAUCAUCUUAUCCAAACUCGCUUAAUACCCUUCUCCCUUUUUUUCCUGACUCUCACUUCACACACGCAGCGCAGAGAUGGCGGCCGCAACAGCAGUUCUGGCUCCAGCUUCUAUGAGCUGUACAACGAUGCAUGCCACCACCCAGAAGAAAACGAACCAGGUGGUGAACCUGAGAGGACUUAACUCUUAUGGAGGUCUAAAAGCUCACAACAGUGUGGUGUUGUCUCUUGGGCUGCCUGUGUGCACGGAACAGAGCUUUGCCAAUGUCAUUAGCUCCUUGAAACGUGGCAAAGGAAGAUCAGGUGGUGGUGCACUUUCUUCUACUUGCAAUGCUGCAGGUGAGAUUUUCAGGAUUGCUGCGAUUAUGAAUGGACUUGUUCUUAUUGGGGUUGCAGUUGGAUUUGUUCUUCUCCGAAUUGAAGCUUCUGUGGAGGAAGCUGAAUAAAUCUACCAUUUCAUCUCUAUGUUUUAUCAAUACUUCAGAUCUUCAUCGUCUUUUCUCUCUUUUUACUUUAAAUUCUUUUGGCUGUAAAAUCAUACCUUCCUGUUGAUCUUUCAAUUUUUAAUCAAGUGCUAAUAAGUUUAAAACGUCA